UGACUAGGUUGUGCCGGAAAGAUUAACAUCAGUUUUUGUUGACACCAGAGGAGCCAGCAUGAGCCUCAUUUCAUAUGGCAGUGAAAGAGUUGGAUGCGGACUUAAUUCCUCUUUUGUUUGCACUGAUGUCAGCAAAAGGGAUAUUUAUCAGUUCAAGAUUAGGGGAGUAGGCUACGACCAGUUGUUAUGGAAUACAAUGAUAGUAUAACCUGCCAUGACAGAGUCACUGUCUCGUCGGGGAAUCCCUAUAUCUCCGCGGCAAUCUUCUCUGCGGAGGUACUAGGCAAUUUAAUCGCCUUGGUCCUUUUGGAGAUGCGGCGCCGGCGGCAAAUUCCAUCCUUGUUCCAGGUGCUGGUGACUGCACUGGUGACUACAGAUCUACUAGGUUCCUUAUCCAUCAGUCCUCUUGUACUAGCCUCUUAUACACAAAACAGGACCUUGGUAGAUAUGAGUAAAAACAGAGCAGUAUGCGCCUACUUUGGUUUCAGCAUGACUUUUUUCAGCCUCGCCACUUUGGCCAUUCUGUGCUCCAUGGCUUUGGAGCGCUACCUCUCCUUUGGACAGCCGUAUUUUUACGAGCGGCACUUGACAAAGCGCUGCGGAUAUAUCACCAUUCCACUCAUCUAUCUGGUCUGCAUCUUCUUCUGCUUAGCACCUUUUAUGGGCUUUGGAGACUACGUCCAAUAUUGCCCGGGGACUUGGUGCUUCUUUGACAUGAACCCAAACGUGACCCAACACAAAGUCUACGUCGGUGUGUAUGCGUCAUUGGCUCUUAUCAUGAUUUCGACGACACUAGUUAGUAACUUAUCUGUCGUCUACCAUUUGAUUAUAAUGUAUCGGAUGUGCAAAGCGCACCGUGGGGGAGUUACGCGACGGAUACGGUUCUACCAAAAAUCAUUCGCCAUGACUGAGGAAGUGGAGCAUCUUCUGCUACUGGUUUUCAUAACAGUGGCUUUCGUCAUCUGUUCGUUUCCUUUAGUGCUCCGUGUGUAUGUCAACUUUACAGGCAGGUCAAAGGAGAGCCAUGCCACCGAUCUCGCUGUGCUUCGCCUGCUGUCCUUCAACUCCAUCAUCAACCCUUGGGUCUUCAUCAUCCUCAGGCCAUCAGUGCUGCGCUUCCUCUGGAGAAAGCUGACACUGAGUAAGGCCCAGAGGCCUCCAGAGGCCCCCACAUUCCCCCAGGAAAAGUCUCUCCCAGUUGGGCGCAAACUCCCUCUGCCAAGCCCACUUAUCGAGCUCCAGAACGACGAUGUGGAGGGAGUGGACAAGACAUAGGGCACGUUGGAGCGGAUCACCUUCGUCAAGUCGUUGACCAUCAUUGGUCACCGUCUUUCAAAGUGUGUUGCAUUAUGGUUAUAAAAAUGGUCCGACUUGACAUGUCGACAGCAUGAACUUCACAAAAAUUACGUGGUCAAAUGUCAUGCAGUUCUUGAUGAAGUCGUCUUCAAGUCGCUGCAGUUGCUUCUCACCAACUGCACCAUGCAGCCAUUGCCUGCAUUGUGCGAGGCACUAUUGGUCAACCAAUCAUUCUUUUUUUUUAAAUGACCCACGUGCAUGUGGUCAAAUACAUGACUGAAACAGGAAUCAACUUUGAACGAUUCUAAAGUUACAGGGGAUACAAAUGAAAAGUGAUAUUUGAGAUCUCUCAAGAACCAAUGAAUUGUACACAAGUUAUGUUUCCAGUUUGUGAGUGUGUGAUAUGGGGGUACAGAAAAGUGUAUUUUGAUAUUUAUACAGACAAACGUUUAUAAACACUAGCAGCUACAUGUUUGUUGACACUGCCAUGUUGAUCUUAGUUUUGCUGUUGGAAACUACAGUGUCCGACUUUUGCUGUCGCAGAUACACCUCCCCCGACUUCACUCCACGACUUUAGUCUACAGUGGGUUGCUUUCGCCCCCUACCACUCAAACAAGCCCAUAGUGUCAGGCAUAUUGGACUAGGGGGCCAAUGACCCACUCUUGAAGGAUUGAAGAUAAUAACCCUCUGACAUCAGCAAGAGCCCAAGAGGUCACAGGAAGUGAUUUGUCAGACAUCCACUGACUGGUUGAAAGGACACCCGGACACUGAAGUGCAGUGUCUUCAAUAAUAUAGGGGACAUCCACUUACUGACUUCCAUGUCAGACACUAGUUUCCAACAGCAAAGCUCAGAUCAACAUCAAAGUGUCAACAUACAUGUAGCUGAGAUUGGAAUAGAUCUAGGAAGAGAUCAGACUUUGGGGUCAAAUCAAAUCAAAUUUUAUUGUUCACAUACACGUGUUUAGCAGAUGUAGUGAAAUGCUGGCUGUGGCGCUGAUAGGUUAUACCCAUACAAUAUGCAUUUGGAAUAGGACUUAGCAUUUUAAGAAUUCAUUAUGUGUCUAUUUAUAUCAUUGAUUUAUUAAAAAAGGUUUAUUAUCAGCACUUUAUAGGACUGAAAUUAAAAUUUGACCAAACUACU